AUGGCCGCCACGAAAACUGCGAACUAUGAUGGACACUUCCGGCCAGAAAAAUUAAAAGAAUGGCCAGAGCCCGAGUCAAUUUCUUUAAUGGAGGUAUUGGCUAGAGAAAACAUUGAUGAAGCUGUACAUGCAAUAUUAUUUAGAGAAAAUUAUGUCGUGAAGGUUACAGUGUCACCACUUUUUGAUCCUCUGUUUCGAAGACAGCAAGAGGUAGAUGAAGAGAAGAGAGCUAGUCUUCAGUAUGAGACAGGAAAACAAUAUUCCAUAAAAGAACUUAAAGAAAUAGAGAAGGCCAGUCUGUGUGCCCGAUUGCCCCAGUUCACUUUCACUCUACACAGCAAGAUUCCAAGAGAGUGGCGUACAGCCUCCACGAGACCCAGAAGUAAAGCUCCCGGUAAAUGCAGUCCUGAAAAGCUCAUCUGUGCAGAAAAGAACCAAAAGAGAAAAGAGAAAGAGAAAAAGACUACUGACCUAAGUCAGGCUGCUUUUGAAAGGCAGUUCCACUCCUCGAAGCUCAGCCCGGACAAAGGGGACGGAAAGAAGGUGUGGUGA